AUGUCAUGUCUAAACACCAGAACCCACUCCCACCCUGCCACCUUCCUCCUGGUCAGCAUCCUUGGGCUGCAGGAGGCCCAGUUCUGGAUCACCUUCCCUUUCUGCAUCGUGUAUGUCAUUGCUGUGCUGGGAAAUGUCAUUGUUUUCUGCAUUAUAAAGACUGAGUCGAGCCUGCAAGAGCUGAUGCACCUCUUCCUGGCCAUGCUGGCCAUCACUGACCUGGUUCUAUCCAUGUCCACCCUGACCAAAAAGCUGAGCAUCUUCUGGCUGGGCUCCAGAGAGAUCGGGUUCCAGGCCUGCCUCACCCAGAUGUUCUUUGUCCACUCCAUCUCGUCGGUGGACUCGGGCAUGCUCUUGGCCCUGGCCUUGGAUCACUACAUGUCCAUCUGCUGCCCCCUCUGGAACUCCAGCAUCCUGUCCGUCCCAGCCAUAGUGACAAGGGGGAGCCUGGUGCUGGCACACGGGGUCCUUCUGGUGAGCCCCUUCUCCCUCCUUGUCCUCAGGCUGCCCUUCUGCCAGCGCUGCCUCCUCUCCCACUCAUACUGCGAGCACAUGGCCGUGGUGAAGCUGAGGUGUGGGGACGCUACAGUCAGUGUCAUUUAUGGCCUGUUUGUGGCUUUUAUGGUGGUGGAAUUUGAUGUGCUUAUCAUCUCUGUGUCCUCUGCUACGAUCCCCCAGGCCGUGCUGAGUCUCUGCUGUCUCAAGGCCUUCAGCACCUGCACAUCUCUCUUGUGUGUCAUCCUGGCGUACUACAGCCCUGGCCUCUUCAUCUUCCUCACCCACCCCUUUGGCCUCAAUGUUCCCCACCAUGUCCACAUCCUGGUGGCCAAUCUCUGUGGGUGCCCCCCCAUGCUAAACCCUGUUGUGUAUGGGGUGAAAACCAAACAGAUCCGGGAAAGCGUGCUCCAUAUCUUCCAGCAGAAAGGAAUCUGA